AUGCGCAAGCAACUGGUCAAGAGGGGGAGGACCUUCACGGAAUUUCACACGGGAGGACAGCCACAGAUCUGGCCACCCCUGGAUCCAGACAGGGCCAACACGCAUGGCAGGAAAACCAGAUUGGAGAGGAUGAUGAAUCGACCCUCCUCAUCUGAUUACUCCUCCUCCUUGUCGUCGGAUACCUCCCCUGAGCACCAGCCUCUCCUAGGAUUGGGGAAGAGGAAGAGGGACUCCCUUUCGAUGCACAGAAAGAGACCGAGGCUCACCUCCACACCAGCGAAGACGACAGUGUCCAUUCCGCUAGGAGAGGUCCAGGGACCGCCACCGCCCUUGAUAUUACCCCCACCCCAGCGCACGUCCACCGCGAGCGCCCCUUCCGCACUUUGUAGGCGAGGUCCAGGGACCGGGAGCGACCUUGAGAACACCCCGACCCCAGACAGCAGCAGCCCACCGACGACCCGCCUCCCCGGAAGUCCCCUCCAAUGUGACAGGGUUUAUGGCAGUACCCCUCCUAAGACGUUAUUUUCGCUGGCUGACGUCGGUGGAGAUGGGGAAACCACACCCUGUGGGAUACUAAGAUAG